AUGUCUCGAUACACCGAAGCCCACGCCAAGCCUAUCGGGCCCGGCGAUUCUCGCCCUACAGCUUUGCAAAUCGUCCAAGACGAAGGCCUAGAGGGCAAGCUCAAGGGGAAGAUCUUCGUCAUAACUGGCACUUCAUCCGGGCUCGGAAUCGAGACCGUUCGUGCUCUCGCCGUAACUGGAGCUACUCUGUAUCUUACGGCUAGGAACUUGGCCAAAGCCAAGGCAGCACUGGCCAAUAUUUUCGACUCAACCCACAUGAAGUUGUUUGAGAUGGACCAGGAGUCUCUAGGCUCGGUGCGCUCUGCUGCUAAGGCUAUUCUAGCUGAGACCGACCGCGUCAACGUCCUCAUCAACAACGCAGGAAUUAUGGGCGUCAAGAACCUCCAGUUCACCAAAGAUGGACAUGAAUUGCAAUUCGGCACCAAUCACCUGUCUCAUUUUCUCUUCUUCCAGCUUUUGAAGCCGGCUCUUCUUGCUGCCUCGACAUCGGACUUUCCCUCCCGAGUUGUCAACGUAGCGUCCGCGGGCCACCGAUUUCAUGGCAUCAACGAGUCGGGCGACUACAACUACGAGAAGAGCGGCUAUGAUGCAUUUCAAGCAUACGGACAGUCAAAGACGGCGAACAUUUACAUGGCAAACGAGAUCGAGCGGCGCUACGGGUCUCGGGGGCUUCACGCGACCAGCCUUCAUCCCGGCGUUAUCGACACCCCGCUUUCAAAGCACAUCGACCCAGCUCAGUUGAGCGAAAUACUUACCACUGGAACCGUUGCAAGCCAAAUGAAGAGUCCAGAGCAAGGCGCUGCAACCACGGUCUGGGCAGCUGUGGGAAAGGAAUGGGGUAGCCGAGGAGGCAGGUUCCUCACUGACUGCAUGGAAGCUGUUCCUGAACAAGAUGACUCCGACAUCUACGAUGGCAGAUUCUAUGCUCCUCAUGCUUACGAUGCGGAGAAAGAGAAAAGGUUGUGGAAGGAUUCGCUGGAGCUUGUCGGCCUGGAAGAUGAUUACUAG